AUGGCCACAAUAGAUAACAAGAAAGCAAUCGUAGUAUUUUUCGACCUAGAAAAAGCCUGCGAACUUGCCAGCGUGGCAGCCGUAGCUGACAAAGCAAUUAAAGGCAACCUUCUAGCAUGGGCCAAAGGAUACAUGCAAGACAGACAAGCCAGAGUUACCUUUCAAGGAGCAACGUCCAAAUUCCUCAAUCUGGAAAAUGGAACACCUCAUGGAGGAAUACUCAGCCCCUUCCUCUUCAACAUACUAAUGGAGGAAUUAGCCAACAGCAACUUGCCAAAUGGAGUUGAAAUAUUCAUAUAUGCAAAUGAUGUGUGCUUGGAAGCAUGCACCACCCAACAGCUAAAGCAAGCAGCACAAGAAGCAAUACAGUUGACAACUGCCACAAACACAUACUUUACAGAUGGAUCAGUAGAUCUCAGCGUCCCAGCGGCAGCAGCAGGAGUCUACUCAACAACACUCAAAGGGAGCUGGAGGCUCUCUGACAAUGCCUCCACACUACAGACAGAGCUGAUAGCCAUCGCCAAAGCACUGGAAGACUCCCAACACAGACUGGGUAACACUACAAUACACAAUGACUCAAAAGGAGCAAUACAAGCCAUCACAAAAGGCAAAGUGAAAGAAAACAUCAAACUCCUAACGCGCAUAUGGGCACUGGCAAAACUCCACCAAAACAGAAACAGACAAAUAACUCUCAAGUGGAUCCCGAGCCAUGUAGGAAUACAAGGAAAUGAGGAAGCAGAUUCCCUGGCAAAAAGCAGGCUACACAUAAACAAUGUCAACAUCAAAAUCAACCACUCACUAAACCAACUAAAAAGCAUAGUGGCAGCAUACUGCCAAACACAAGAGGAAAGCAGAAUCAGGAGAGCCAUCUUCAGGGGCUCCAAGACUGCAAAAUGCUCGAUACUGGUCAUGUGGAAUGGUCUUUUGCCGGCACCUUUGUACACCUUUCAGGUGUUUUACUACGACUAG